AUGAAUAUUGGAAACAAGACAGACAAUACGAUCAAUAAGAUCACAGAUACAGAUACAGCAACAGUAGAACCUCUUACAACAGAGGAAGAUUCACCAUCAGAAGGUGCAAAUUACAUAAAUAAACUUCUUACUACUACAUCCUCUACCGGUUUCGGCAAAAACAAAAACUAUUUUAUAUCAAGUAUUUUUAAAUAA